CCCAGACCCCGAGUUGGAAGCGGCAGCGGAGAGAACCCAGCCCCGGGCGAGGCCUGAGGCGACGGCGACAGGGAGGUCCGACCUCUCAGAGCCCUUGCUCUGCGGCCUCGACUCUGCCCUUAACGCUCGACUCUGCCCUUACACGCUGCCCAGCCCGGCAGCCCGGGGCUGGGCGCUCAGCACUUAGGGGGCGCCGGGGCGCGCAGGGGCAAGGUAGGGGCGGCGCUGGAGCUAGUCCUCUUUUUCCUAAGCCCGCGGCCAGCUGACCUCCUGGCCCCCGCCGGGUGGCCGCGGGCGGGGGGCGGAGCCGCCCCGAGCUCCACCCGGCCCGGUCCCGCCCCGCCCCGGCCGGGUGGGCGGUGUGGUCCCGAGUUUCUGCUUCCAGAAAGUGGCUUCCAGCUUUGCGUCCAGCUCCCAGCAACCUUCUAACGCCCGCAGCCCGUUUCCCAGGAGAGGCCCCGACCGCGUGCCCCGCCGUCCCUCAGCUUGCCGGGUCCGCGAGAACGCUGUGACGCCCACGCCCUGCACCGCGCGGCGCUGCCGGGGAACGCGCUCUCAUCACCCCACGUUGCCAGCUGCAGAGCCGCGGGAGCAUGCGGGAUUACGACGAAGUGACCGCCUUCCUGGGCAAGUGGGGGCCCUUCCAGCGCCUCAUCUUCUUCCUGCUCAGCGCCAGCAUCAUCCCCAACGGCUUCAACGGUAUGUCAGUCGUGUUUCUGGCAGGGACCCCGGAACAUCGCUGCCGGGUGCCGGACACCGCGAACCUGAGCAGCGCGUGGCGCAACCACAGUAUCCCGAUGCGGCUGCAGGACGGCCGCGAGGUGCCUCAGAGCUGCCGCCGCUACCGACUGGCUACGAUCGUCAACUUCUCGGCGCUCGGGCUGGAGCCGGGGCGCGAUGUGGACCUGGAGCAGCUGGAGCAGGAGGGCUGCCUGGAUGGCUGGGAAUUUAGCCAGGACAUCUACCUGUCCACCAUCGUCACCGAGUGGAGUCUGGUGUGUGAGGAGGAUUGGAAGACGCCCCUUACCACUUCCCUGUUCUUUGUAGGCGUGCUUCUCGGCUCCUUUGUGUCUGGGCAGCUAUCAGACAGAUUUGGCAGAAAGACCAUCCUCUUCGCAACCAUGGCUGUGCAGACUGGCUUCAGCUUUCUGCAGAUUUUUUCCAUCAACUGGGAGAUGUUCACCGUGUUAUUUGUCAUCGUCGGCAUGGGCCAGAUCUCCAACUACGUGGUAGCCUUCAUUCUAGGAGCAGAAAUUCUUGGCAAGUCAGUUCGUGUUAUAUUCUCUACGUUAGGAGUGUGCACAUUUUUUGCAGUUGGCUACAUGCUGCUGCCACUGUUUGCUUACUUCAUCAGAGACUGGCGGAUGCUGCUGCUGGCGCUGACGGUGCCGGGGCUGCUGUGCGUCCCGCUAUGGUGGUUUAUUCCUGAAUCUCCCCGAUGGCUGUUAUCCCAGAGGAGAUUUAAAGAAGCUGAAGAUAUUAUCCAAAAAGCUGCAAAAAUAAACAACGUAACUGCCCCAGUGGUAGUUUUUGAUCCUGUGGAGCAACAGGAGCAACUCCCCCUGAAGCAGCAGAAAGUUUUCAUUUUGGACCUGUUUAGGACUCGGAACAUUGCUACAAUAACCAUUAUGUCUUUGCUGCUGUGGAUGUUAACCUCGGUGGGUUACUUUGCUCUGUCUCUCAACACUCCUAAUUUACAUGGAGAUCCCUACCUGAACUGUUUCUUCUCUGCCUUGAUUGAAGUUCCAGCUUACAUUGCAGCCUGGCUGCUACUUCGAACCCUACCCAGACGUUAUAUCAUAGCUGGAGUACUGUUCUUUGGAGGAAGUGUGCUUCUCUUAAUUCAGUUGGUACCUGCAGGUUACAACUUCUUGUCCAUCGGUCUGGCCAUGCUGGGAAAAUUUGGGAUCACUUCCGCCUUUGCCAUGCUGUAUGUCUUCACUGCAGAGCUCUACCCAACCCUGGUCAGGAACAUGGCAGUGGGGGUCGGCUCCAUGGCCUCCAGGGUGGGCAGCAUCAUUGCCCCCUACUUUGUUUACCUAGGUGCUUACAACAGAGUUCUGCCCUACAUCCUCAUGGGUAGCCUGACUGUCCUGAUCGGAAUCAUCACUCUUUUUUUCCCUGAAAGUUUUGGAAGGACUCUACCAGAGACCCUAGAGCAGAUGCAGAAAGUGAAAGGGUUCAGAUAUGGGAAAAAAACAAAAGGUUCAAUGGAGAAAGAAGAAAAUCCCAAAGUUAUAAUAACUUCAUUCUAAUAAAAUUCCCAUCCUAUUUGGUGAACUGAAAAACAUCCAUAAGCCUGUGAAGAAACUAAAGCUGUUCCUGAUGAAAAGGACUGACUAGGAGGAAAAACACUAAAAUGGACCUUGCUAUUAAGAAAUGCUUGCUAUAUGGCAAACUCUGGACCAGACUUACAGAUAACUCCUUAUUGUUUAAAACAAACCAUUUCUAGAGACUUUUCCUAAUUAAUUCGAUGAGUUGGGUUUGUCGGAUUUUUAGAAAACGUGUUGGUCAAGGACUGGAAAACUCAUAUAUAAAGAUUAAACUCAUUUCCAAAUACAAAGACUA